GCCUCGGUCUCCCGACAACUACGCUGAGCUGAGAAGCGACAGUCCCUUUAGUCCGGAUUCUUUCACCAUCUCCUUCCACAUGAGAACACCAGCCAGAGAUACCGGCACCAUCUUCUCUUACGGCACACAGCAACAGCCACGUGAGAUCGGCUUUGUCGGGCAGUCCGGAAACCGAGACUACACCUUCAUGGUCGAUAACCAGCGGGCCAAUGUUAACAUUCCGGAAGUGCUGGACGGCCAAUGGCACGUUGUGGCCAUCACGUGGAGGAACACAGACGGACAGUGGAGGGUGAUGGUGGACGGGGAGGAGAAAGCUUCCGGUUCUGGUCUGGCACGAGGCCACAGGAUCCGUCCUGGCGGCACGUGGUAUUUCGGACAAGACGUGAGGUCCGUUGGCCCUCGCCCGAGUUUUGAGCGUAACAGGGAAUACGUUGGUGACCUGGCGGAGUUUCACGUCCAUAACAAGGUACUGUCCACCGAGGAAAUGCGUCAGCUGUACAGUCUACUGAACCCCGGGGAUGCGGUGAACUGGAGACAAGCCACUGUCACACCGAGGGGACAGGUCCAACAGAGGCCGUAUUCAGUUACUGUUCGCUUGACCGUGGACAGCAGAGGACAGCCUCGAGUUUCUUUGAGCGAGUCAGCACUUCCAACUACAGAUCUGUACUUCCUGAACUUCCCUCAACCGAGAUCGCCCAAUAACUACGCUGAGCUGAGGAGCGACAGUCCCUUCAGCCCGGACUCCUUCACCAUCUCCUUCCACAUGAGAACACCAGCCAGAGAUACCGGCACCAUCUUCUCUUACGGCACCAGGCAACAGCCGCACGAAAUCGGUUUUAUCGGCCAGUCCGGAAACCGAGGCUACACCUUCAUGGUGGAUAACCAGCGGGCCAAUGUUGACAUUCCAGAAGUACUGGACGGCCAAUGGCACGUUGUGGCCAUCACGUGGAGGAACACAGACGGACAGUGGAGGGUGAUGGUGGACGGGGAGGAGAGAGAUUCCGGUUCCGGUCUGGCGCGAGGCCACAGGAUCCGUCCUGGCGGCACGUGGUACUUCGGGCAAGAUGUGAGGUCUGUUGGCGAUCGUCCAAGUUUCGACCGAAAUAGAGAGUACGAAGGAGACAUUGCCGAGUUCAACGUACACAACAACAUUCUGUCAAACGAUGAAAUGCGCCAGUUAUACAGCCUACAGUAUCCCGGUGACGGAGUGAACUGGAGACAGGCUACCGUCACACCUACAGGACAGGUCCAACGCAACCCUUAUCCAGUGACGGUGCGUCUGACAGUUGAUGGCAGUGGACAACCCCGCGUGACGCUGGGUGAGGCUGGAGCGACUCCAGGCACAGGUACGAGACCUGGAAGUGGAGGGCUUGUACCUGGAGGUACGAGACCUGGAAGUGGAGGGCUUGUACCUGGAGGUACGAGACCUGGAAGUGGAGGCCUUGUACCUGGAGGUUCAAGACCUGUCGGCGGAGGACUCGCACCCGGAGCAAUGAAGUUUCUCAACUUCCCGGAGCCAAGGUCCCCUGACAACUACGCUGAGCUGAGGAGCGACAGUCCCUUCAGCCCUGACUCCUUCACCAUCUCCUUCCACAUGAGAACACCAGCCAGAGAUACCGGCACCAUCUUCUCUUACGGCACACAACAACAGCCACGUGAGAUCGGCUUUAUCGGCCAGUCCGGAAACCGAGGCUACACCUUCAUGGUGGAUAACCAGCGGGCCAAUGUUGACAUCCCGGAAGUACUAGACGGUCAAUGGCAUGUCGUGGCCAUCACGUGGAGGAACACAGAUGGACAGUGGAGGGUGAUGGUGGACGGGGAGGAGAGAGCUUCCGGAUCCGGUCUGGCGCGAGGCCACAGGAUCCGUCCUGGCGGCACGUGGUACUUCGGACAAGACGUUUCCAGGGUUGGAGAUCGGCCGAGGUUUGAGCGUAACCGAGAGUACGUUGGUGACCUGGCGGAGUUCCACGUGCACAACAGGAUCCUAUCACCUGAGGAACUGCUGCAGUUGUACCGCCUGGAGUUGACGGGUGACGGUGUGAACUGGAGACGCACAGACGUCACGCCCCGGGGACAGGUUGAACAAAGCCCGUACUCAGUUGCUGUGCGUUUGACGGUGGACGGUAGAGGACAACCCCGGGUGACUCUUGGAGAGGCUGACAUCACCCCCGGCACAGGAGUGAGACCAGGUACUGGUACCGACGGAGGCAUCGUAACACCGACUGGCAUGUUUAUGAUGAGCUUUCCUCUGUCUCGAUCCCCCGACAACUAUGCUGAGCUGAGGAGCGACAGUCCCUUCAGUCCGGACUCCUUCACCAUCUCCUUCCACAUGAGAACACCAGCCAGAGAUACCGGCACCAUAUUCUCUUACGGCACCAGGCAACAACCUCACGAGAUCGGGUUUGUCGGGCAGUCCGGAACCCAAGGGUACACUUUCAUCGUCGAUGAUCAGAAGGUCAAUGUCAACUUGCCGGAAGUUUUGGACGGCCAGUGGCACGUUGUGGCCAUCACGUGGAGGAACACAGACGGACAGUGGAAGGUGAUGGUGGACGGACAGGAGAGAGCUUCCGGUUCCGGUCUGGCACGAGGCCACAGGAUCCGUCCUGGUGGCACGUGGAUUCUCGGCCAGGAGCAGAACACUGUGGGCUUCUUGCCGGGAUUCCAGCGGUACCGAGAGUACUCAGGAGACCUGGCGGAGUUCCAUGUGCACAACAAGGUGCUGUCAGCCGAGGAGAUGCGCCGGUUGUACACGCUGCAGUAUCCUGGGGACGGGGUGAACUGGAGACGGGCCACUGUCACACCGAAAGGACGAGUCUUAAGGAAACCUUACUCAGCAUCCAUGCGAUUGACCGUUGACAACAGAGGAGAUACUCGGAUUGUUUUCGGCGAUACAGUGCCUGGCAGGGAGACUGACACAGGUAUUCCGGACAUGGUCACAUCAUCAUCCGUCCGGCCAGAAGGUUCGUCCUCGUUGAACUUUCCACGACAAAGAUCGUCGAACAACUACGCUGAGCUGAGGAGCGACAGUCCCUUCAGUCCGGACUCCUUCACCAUCUCCUUCCACAUGAGAACACCAGCCAGAGAUACCGGCACCAUCUUCUCUUACGGCACACAACAACAGCCGCAUGAGAUCGGCUUUGUCGGGCAGUCCGGAAACCGAGGCUACACUUUCUUGGUCGAUAACCAGCGGGCCAAUGUCGACAUCCCGGAAGUUCUGGACGGCCAAUGGCACGUUGUGGCCAUCACGUGGAGGAACUCAGACGGACAGUGGAGGGUGAUGGUGGACGGGGAGGAGAGAGCUUCCGGUUCCGGUCUGGCGCGAGGCCACCGGAUCCGUCCCGACGGCACGUGGUAUUUCGGACAAGAUGUUUCCAGGGUUGGGGACCCUCCGAGAUUCCAGCGUAACCGAGAGUUCGAAGGAGACAUUGCGGAGUUCCACGUGCACACCAGGGUGCUGUCGUCCCCUGAAGACUUGCGUCAGUUAUACAGUUUCCAGAACCCUGGAGAUGCUGUGAACUGGAAACGUGAGACGGUCAGAUCCUGGGGACAAGUGCAGCGGUCACCGUACGCCGGCACAUUUGGAAUCAGCAUCGACAGCAGUGGAGGUAUCCGUCUGGAGCCGCUGCCAGGCUCUACAGACGGUCAACCCGGAACUGAAGUCCAGCUGAGACCAGGAGGUACUACAGGAUCCGCCCCUGAUGUGGUCAGACCAGAAGGCAUGUUCCUCAUAAACUUCCCAAGACCAAGAUCUCCCGAAAACUACGCUGAACUUCAGAGCGACAGUCCCUCCAGCCCAGACGCCUUCACCAUGUCCUUCCACAUGAGAACACCAGCCAGAGAUACCGGUACAAUCGCCUCCUACGGCACCAGGCAACAACCUAACGAGAUCGGCUUUGUCGGCCAGUCGGGAACUCAGGGCUUCACAUUGGUGGUGGAUAACCAGCGGGCCAAUGUCGACAUUCCGGAAGUUCUGGACGGCCAAUGGCACAUUGUGACCAUCACGUGGAGGAACUCAGACGGACAGUGGAGGGUGAUGGUGGACGGGGAGGAGAGAGCUUCCGGUUCCGGUCUAGCGCGAGGCCACAGGAUCCGUCCUGGCGGCACGUGGUAUUUCGGACAAGACGUGAGGUCUGUAGGCCCUCGUCCGAGGUUUGAGCGUAACCGGGAAUACGUAGGAGACAUUGCAGAGUUCCAGUUCUACCCCAAUGUGCUGUCAGCUGACGAGCUGAUUCAGUUAUACACCCUGCAGUACCCUGGGGCCGAGGACCAGAGACGCGCAAAUGUCAUGCCAAGAGGACGAGUGCAGCGAUUGCCUUAUGGAGGCACAUUCCGGGUAGACGUGGACAGCAGAGGAGGGACCCGCGUGGUGUUCGGUCCGACGACAGAGGUCCGACCAGGAAGUGAAGUCCAGCCAGCAUCAGGGUCCUCUUACAUCUUGAAGUUCCCCUCCCCGCGCUCCACGGACAACUUCGCCAACAUCCGCGAGAACAUCCCGUUCAGCGCACGCGCCUUCACGCUGUCCUGGCACAUGCGCACUGAUUCCAAACAGCCCGGCACCAUCGUGUCCUACGCCACGUCACAGGAGGACGACGAGGUCGAGUUCUACGGGGACUCAGGGUCAAGGAACUUCCGGCUGCUGGUGAACGGCGAGCAGGCUGACGUCAGCAUCCCGGAAGUGCUGGACGGGGCGUGGCACAUGGUGAUGGUCACGUGGCAGAACAAGAACGGCGAGUGGAAGGUGUUCGUGGACGGGAAGCUGAAGGCGACCGGGAACGGGCUGGCGGCAGGGCACACCAUCCGUCCUGGCGGAACUUGGGUGCUCGGCCAGGACCAGGACACCGUCGGGAACGCGUUCCAGGCCACCGAGGCGUUCACGGGCGACUUGUCCGAGCUGUACGUGUUCGACAUCGUGCUGCCCCAGGAGGACAUGAACAAGCUGGCGGCGGGAACCUUCUUCGGGAACGUCAUCAACUGGCGCACGGCACAGGUGUACCCGCGUGGCAACGUCAGGAAGACACAGUCUGCACCCAGGGUUAUCUUCGGGACAGGGCCGACGCCUGGCAGAGGCUAUAUCGGCACUGGUAUCGACACUGGUAUCGGCACUGGUAUCGGCACUGGUAUCGGCACUGGUAUCGGCACUGGUAUCCUACUCGUACCAGUGACAAUUGGUGGUGGAAGAGUAUUCGUACAGCCGGGACAAGGGCCGUACGACAGGGACGGCACAGGAGAAACGGACGGAGACGAACCCGGACGUACACUGGCGGUGGAAGGGCCAGUACAACUGAGUUUCCCCUCGCCGGCUUCCACCGACAACUAUGCCGUGAUCGAGAAUGUCGGUCCUCAGUCCGGCAGCAUGGACGCCUUCACUGUGUCCUUCCAUAUGAGGUCAGACGCGCCGACGACGGGGACAGUGUUCUCGUACGCGACUUCUGAACAGCCGCACCAGAUGGCGUUCUACGGAGACAACUCCCUCAGGUACCACCGGUUCAUCGUCAACAACGAGCGGACGGACAUCACUGUUCCCGACUUGAUGGACGGAAACUGGCAUUCCGUCCUCCUCAGGUGGGAGCGUUCCCGAGGUUCCUGGAAGGUGUACGUGGACGGCGUGCAGCGGGCGCGCGGAGCCGGGCUGGCCACGGGACACUCCGUCCCGCACGGAGGCACGUACGUCCUCGGGCAGGACCAGGACAGGCAGGGCGGCGGCUUCGACGCUAGUCAGGCAUAUGUGGGAGACUUGGCAGAGUUCCACCUGUGGGACAAUGAGCUGGACGACGCGCGCGACAUCCAGCAGGUUCAGGACAGGACCCUAUACGGUAACGUCAUCAACUGGCGGGACGCAGACGUGCAGACGUUCGGCAGCGUGGACACGUCUCCAUACCUCAUAGAAAUCUCAGAAACAAGACCGGAUGGAGCGGCGCCCUCUCCUGACGAAGAGUCCUUCUCCUUCACCUUCCCUGACCCGCCGUCCAAGUACAACUGGGUUGAGGUGCGGGACCCGAAGCGGCUGAGCACGCAGGACUUCACCGUCGCGUGGCACAUGCGCACGGACUCCCCGGGCACAGGCACCGUCUUCUCUUACGCCACGGAGCAGCAGGACAACGAGAUCGAGUUCUACGGAGACAACACCGACAAGUUCUUCACCUUCCGCGUGAACGACUACCUCGCUGCCGUCAAUGGGGACACCACCCUGACGGACGGAGGAUGGCACAUGGUCGUUCUAAGGUGGCAGAGCGAACCGUACGGUGCGUGGCAGGUGUUCGUGGACGGCAAGAAAGCCCUGGAAGGGAACGGUCUGGCUCCCGGACACCGGAUCAGGGACGGAGGCACCUGGAUUCUGGGCCAGGAUCAGGCCUUCCCCGGUGGAGGGUUCGAGGCUAGAAAGUCCUACGCCGGAGACAUUGCAGAGUUCUACGUGUGGGACUACAGCGUGAGCGACAGUCAGAUCAGGGACAUCUUCGACGGGAACCUGAGAGGAAACGUCAUCGACUGGAGAAGGGCAAAUCUGCACCGAGUUGGAGACGCUGAAAGAUAUCCCUACCUGAUCACUGGUACAACGUACGUUACAGAGGUCGACCCAUUGUAUCCAGGUAGAGGAAGCCCCCGUGAUAGAACAACUCCAUCACCAGACGGUACAGAUCCUGAUAGGGUAGCUGUACUUCCAGGUAUAGGAAGCCGCGAUAGAACAACCCCGGCACCAGACGGCGUAGAUGAGCGACCUGGCUACAGGCCUAAAGACCCGGAUAGACCAGACAGACCAGGCUACAGGCCAGAAGAGCCGGAUAGACCCGACAGGCCGGGGUACAGGCCAGGAGAGCCGGAUAGACCUGACAGGCCAGACUACAGGCCAGGAGAGCCGGAUAGACCUGACAGGCCAGACUACAGGCCAGGAGACCCGGACAGGUCAGACACCAGACCAGAAGACCGAGACAGACCGGUCAGGCCAGACUACAGGCCAGGAGACCCAGAUAGAACUGAUAGACCAGACUACAGGCCAGGAGAUCCGGAUCGGCCCGACGGGCCAGAAGAUCUGGAUAGGCCCGACAGGCCAGACUACAGGCCAGGAGAUCCUGAUAGAACGGACAGGCCAGAUUACAGGCCAGGAGACCCAGAUAGACCUGACAGGCCAGACUACAGACCAGGAGACCCGGAUAGGACCGAUUAUAGGCCAGAAGGUCCGGAUGAACCAGACAGGCCAGACUACAGGCCAGGUGACCCAGAUAGACCCGACAGGCCAGAUUACAGGCCAGGAGGUCCGGAUAGACCAGACAGGCCAGAAUACAGGCCAGGAGAUCCUGAUAGACCAGACAGGCCAGACUACAGACCCGGAGACCCGGAUAGGACCGAUUAUAGGCCAGGAGGUCCGGAUGGACCAGACAGGCCGGACUACAGGCCAGGAGGUCCGGAUGGACCAGACAGGCCAGACUACAGACCAGGAGAGCCGGAUAGACCCGACAGGCCAGACUACAGGCCAGGAGGUCCGGAUGGACCAGACAGGCCAGACUACAGGCCAGGAGGUCCGGAUGGACCAGACAGGCCAGACUACAGACCAGGAGAGCCGGAUAGACCCGACAGGCCAGAUUACAGACCAGGAGGUCCGGAUGGACCAGACAGGCCAGACUACAGACCAGGAGACCCAGAUAGACCCGACAGGCCAGACUACAGGCCAGGAGAUCCUGAUAGGCCGUACAUGCCAGGAGACCCAGAUAGGCCGCGUUAUAGACCUACGGAAGCACCAGAGGUGGGCAGGCCAGAGUACAGACCGACAGAGGCACCGGAUGUGGACAGACCUCGCUAUAGACCAACAGAGGCACCAGACAGAGUAGACAGACCUGGCUACAGACCCACAGAUAUGUAUGGGAGACCUCUUUACCAGCCUACAGAAGCGCCAGACAGGGAUGAUAGACCAGGGUACAGACCUACUGAGGUACCACGUUGGCCCCACAGACCGGAUGGGGACAGACCCGGCUAUAGACCAACAGAAGCACCAGAUUCAGACAGACCCGGCUAUAGACCAACAGAGGAAGAGAGACCAGGACCCGACCGGCCGGCCCAACCUGUGACAGAAGCACCCGAUGGAGACAGACUUGUGACAGAGGCACGUGACAGGGAAGGUGCACUAAUACCUGUGACGGAGGCACCUGACAGGGAAGGUGCGUUAAAACCUGUGACGGAGGCCCCCGACACAGAACGAACGACGAGACCAAUUACUGGUGUACUGGGCGGCGAAGACAGGCUGAGACCUGACACGGAGGCACCGGAAGGAGAGGACAGGCUGCGACCUGUAACAGAGGCACCGGAUGUGGAUAACAGGCUGAUUCCUGUGACUGAGCCUGCAGAAGAUGGAGACAGACCCAGGCUUGUGACAGAGGUACCGGAUGUCGAUAACAGGCUAAGGCCUGUGGGACCGGAUGGUGGGGACAGGCUGAGACCUGUAACUGAGGCACCGGAGGGAGAGGACAGGCCGAGACCCGUGAGACCGGAUGACGGUGAUCGACCGGAGGAUGAGGACAGGUCGAGACCUGUAACGGAAGAACCGGAAGGAGAGGACAGGCCGAGACCCGUGAGACCGGAUGACGGUGAUGGGCCGGAGGAUGAGGACAGGUCGAGACCUGUAACUGAGGCACCGGAAGGAGAGUACAGGCCGAGACCCGUGAGACCAGAUGACGGUGAUGGGCCGGAGGAUGAGGACAGGCCGAGACCUGUAACGGAAGAACCGGAAGGAGAGUACAGGCCGAGACCCGCGAGACCGGAUGACGGUGAUGGGCCGGAGGAUGAGGACAGACCGAGACCUGAAACGGAAGAACCGGAAGGAGAGGACAUGCGGAUUCCCGUGAGACCGGAUGACGGUGAUGGGCCGGAGGAUGAGGAAAGACCGAGACCUGUAACAGACGCACCAGAAGAUGAUAACAGGCUGAAACCAGUGACAGAGGUACCAGGAGAAGGGGACCGGCUUAGACCUGUAACAGAAGAGUCUGGACGACCUCUGACCCCUGGGUCCAGACGGCCAGACGGCUCCGUCAUAGUUGAUGUCCCCCAAGGAGCCAACAUACUUCGCUUCCCGGACCCUCCAUCCACCGACAACUUCGCCCUACUGACGCACUCCCAACCGUCCAGCCUGGACAGUUUCACCGUGUCCUUCUUUAUGAGGUCAGCGGAGCCUCUGUGGCGUGCUGACGGGGAGCGGUGGAGGUCCGUCCCGGGCGCCCCAGCCGGCACAGGUACGGUGUUCUCGUACGCCGUCCCAGAGGAGGACAACGAGAUCCAGUUCUACGGCGACUCGAGCACGCGCACCUUCAAGCUACUGGUGAACGACGAACGCGUCGACGUGGAUAUUCCUCAGGUUCUGGACGGCCAGUGGCAUAACGUGAUCAUCACAUGGGACGGGCGGAAGGGCGACUGGGAAGUGUUUGUUGACGGGAUAGGGCGAGCCCGCGGCCGGGGGCUGGCGCCUGGGCACACCGUCCGGCCCGACGGUACCUGGAUUCUCGGGCAGGAACAGGACAUUGUGGGAGGAGGCUUCGAACCCUUCCAGGCGUACGUCGGUGAGCUUGCUGAGUUCAACAUCUGGCGGAAGGUUCUGAGCGAGGACGAGAGGGACGAAAUCCUGACCGGAAAGCCGGAGGGAGAUUUUGAGUGGAUAGUUGAUCGUCGGGGAAGUGUGGAAAUUAAGCUUGUGCCGUACUUGGUCGACUCCAGUCGUCCAGAUGUCCUACCUGAAAGCCCUUCAGAAGUCAACCGACUUCGGUUCCAGGAUCCCCCAUCCACGGAGAACUACGCCGUCCUGAGGCCUUCCCGGCCGGCCAACUUUGACAGCUUCACGGUGUCAUUCCAAAUGAGAUCAGCGGAGCCUAUGUGGCGUUUUGACGGGCAGCGGUGGAGGUCCGUCCCGGGCGCCCCAGCCGGCACAGGUACGGUGUUCUCGUACGCCACACCAGAGGAAGACAACGAGAUCCAGUUCUACGGCGACUCAAGCACGCGCACCUUCAA